AGUUGGUUGUCGAUUUGGCGUUUUGAGUUCUGCCGCCUGCAAGUGAAGCUACAUAGCCCCACUUUUAUGCCCGCGCACAAAAUGUGAUUGGCUAAAAAUUUAACCAAAAUUUACCCUUCUCUGAAAAGCAUGAGGCCGCAAACGCAACAUCACUGCUUAGAAAAGUGCAACCAUCUCAUUGAGCUACUUGGAGGUCGAGGAACACGGCUUAUUGGAUAUUUAUUAUCGCAAAUCCUCCCAAGAGCUGUGGCCUACAGCUGAACGCGAGCCGGGUCGACUCCAAGCCAUUGGAGCCAAGUGGUCCGUAGCGGCACCUUUUACACCGGCCUCGCCUUUUCAUCUCAAGAAUGAUGAACAAAUUACGAAUAUUCAACACACCUGGUCGCUUCCGUCUCAUACAGGGCUGUCGGCUGUUGCCUACCACGCCAUUAUCGCUUUACUUGCCUCAGAACAAAAAUUUCAACGCAACCAAAACCUUCUUAUCCAGCCAACCUUCGACGAGGUGCAUUCACACGGCGAAAAACAGUUCCGAGGCGGAUAAAUUGUGCUCUGAGAUUGGCAUACAAAAUCUGGCUGGGAAGGAAACAGCCAAAGCCAACGAGACAUCAUCACCAGGCCCCUCAGAACCGUCUCACCAGGCGACUGGAAAGCAGGACAGAGUGUCUUCCCCCAGACAGGGCGAAAGAGAGAACAAGAACGGGAACGGCAAGCAGGAGCAAAGGCAGGGUAAAAGGCAAGGCCAGCAGCAGGACAAACCUCAACAAACACGACAACAACAGCCCCAAGACCAGCUUCAAGCACAAGCACACCAAACAGGGGACCAAAUGUAUCCCAAUCACUUCGGCUAUCAGCCGGGUUACCCGCCGAUAUGGCAGGGGGGGUUUGUUGAACAACAACAGCAACAACAACAACAACAACAACAACAACAACAACAACAACAACAACAACAACAACAACAACAACAACAACAACAACAACAACAACACCAAAACCAACAGCGCUUUCCUCAAUAUGGCAUGGGAUAUGGCAUGGGAUAUGCGCCGCCCCCGGAUGUCGGCUAUGGCUUUGUCCCUCCUGUCCAUCUCAACACCUUCGCCCCUGGAAUGGCCAUGCCAAAUUGGCAACAACCUCCGCCGCCGUCCUAUUCAGGAGCAAGACGAGGCUUCAACACCAACUCCAACAACACCCCCCAAGUUCCUCAGCCCCCUAAUUUCUAUCGCUCCAGGAACUUUUAUCGCCCCAGGAGUCCCGGACCCUACUCACGAGGAAGACAAUACAACAACGACAACACCUACGCCAACAAUACUCACCCAGACUUUCAUCGCUCCAGGAGCCCCGGACCCUACUCACGCCAGUACAACAACAAUAACAUCAACAAUCAUAGUCAUCAACAGCAAAUACCGCCCACCUCCAACAAACUCUCCAACCCCCCCAAGCUCAACAAGAAGGCCAAAGCCCGCGAAGCAGCAGCCCGCGAAGCAUUAGCCCAAGCCCAAGCCCAACGCUCCUCCAAGAUGCCCCCCUCCUCCUCCUCAUUCUCAUCCUCUUUCAUCCCGCGAGGCCCGCGAGGAGACAUCCCGCGAGAAGCCAGCGACCCCAUCGUCCCUCCCUCGCGCGCCUCAGGCGGCGUCCCCAAGCCGAGCCAGGCCUACAAAAUGCGGGCCUCCUUCCUCGCUCGCUCGGUGCCCGGCUCGGAGCCGCGUCCGAUGCUGGUAGUGAUCGACCUGAACGGCACACUGUUGCACCGGCCGAGCCGCAAGCGGCCGUCGAAGUUCGUCGAGCGGCCGUUUGCCAAGGACUUUUUGCAAUACUGCAUCGACACGUUCAAGGUGGUGAUCUGGUCUAGCGCGCGGCCGGAGAACGUGGGGCUGAUGUGCAAGCAGCUGUUGACGCAGGAGCAGUUGGGCAAGGUGGUGGCGAUCUGGGGACGGGACAAGUUCGGGCUGACGCCGGCGGACUAUAAUGCGCGGGUGCAGUGCUACAAGCGGUUGACGAUGCUGUGGGAGGAUCCGACGGUGGGGGCGUCGAACCCGGAGGGAGAGCCGUGGAAUCAGGGCAAUACGGUGCUGAUUGAUGAUAGUGCGGAGAAGGCGAGGAGCGAGCCGUAUAACUGCAUUACGCUGCCCGAGUUUCUGGGGAAUUUGGACGAGAAGCCGGAGGUGCUGCCGAUGGUGCGCGAGUAUCUUAACAUUCUAGCCCACCAGGCGGACAUCAGCACUUAUAUCCGGGUGAAGCCGUUCGAUAUCAACGUGGAUAGCAGCAAGGCUGUAACUGGAGACGAGGGCGUUGCUCUCGCUUCUCCUCCAGCUGCGGCUCAA